CCCCCCACUUUUUCAGUCGUCUUCCUCCGCUAGCGGGCAUAGUGCCUCUGAUCUCUUAUUAUAUAAACACGAACUGCUGAAGUGGCAGCGAAAUUGGCAGAGGUGGCUGAGCCCUUCGGCAGAUCUGCGACUAUUUUCUGCUUUUCGGAGAAGGGUUUAAAAUUAUUAGCUCCUUGUUGGGCGUUUGAAAUCGGAUACCGGUGGCGUUGAGGUCCCUAUUUGAAGGCGGAGGGAUACCGUGUUGGGGUUGACAAUGUGGAGGUUGUUAAGAUGUCUACUCGGAGGAUGAAAUGGUUUCAAUUGUAGCAACAAAAAAGAGAGACGUAGGACUUGUAGAAUUGUUUUUUUGUUUUUCAUCCGGAUGCAAGCUGUAUAGUAUUUUAAUGACGUGGACUGCUUAAAGAAGCAAUCUAGAAGUACAAAAGAAGAGCCCUCCGCUCUGUUAUUUCGGCUUUUGAAGCGCUGUGGGGGGAAAAUUGUCUUGAAGUUUUAUUUUUCCCCUACAGUCCGGUCUUUAUCUCAUUUUUCUGCUGUUGGAUGCCAGACCCCUGAAAAAGGGUUGUUAGUGGCUGAGACUGAGUGGCAUGAACGAGCAGCAGCAGAGAAUGGCUGCCGUGGGAACAGACAAGGAACUCAGCGACCUCCUGGAUUUCAGUGCGAUGUUUGCACCUCCAGUGGCCAAUGGGAAGAACAGACCAACAACGCUAGCAAGCAGUCAGUUUGGAGGGUCAGGUAUGGACGAGCGCAGCAAUUCAGGAUCCUGGGGUUCUGGGGAACAGAGCAGCCCCUCCUUCAACCAGAGCAGGGGCUAUGGAGAAGGCUCUCACUACAGUGAACAUGAGGGGCUGUCCUCACCCCCCUUCCUCAACUCAGGGAUAGUCGGUAAAGCUGAACGAGUGUCUUAUUCUUUUGGGAGAGAGGCAGGGAUGCCUGGAAUCACUCAGGCAAGUUUCCUGCCUGGUGAAAUGGCGAUGCCUAGUCCUGAUGCCCUCUCGCCCUCAGGCAUUAAGCCAGGCUCCCAGUUCUACCCCUCAUACUCCAACAACCCCCGGAGGCGGCACACGGAGGGCAGUAUUGAUGGCCAACCGAAAAAGAUCAGAAAAGUUCCCCCUGGCCUGCCUUCCUCUGUUUAUGUCUCAACUUCUGGGGAGGACUAUAACCGGGACCCUGCUGGGUAUCCGCCUUCUAAGGCUGGGGCUGUAUACCCUGGACCCUUUUACAUGCAAGAGGGCCUACACGCGUCGGACCCCUGGGGCUCUUCUGGACCCCUCGGCCAGCCUGGGUACGCCGCCAUGCUGGGCAGCUCGACACACAUUGGCCAGCCGGGCAACUUCACUGGCAUCAACCCACAGGACAGGAUGAAGCGACAGCCGCUGCCCCCACAGAACUACUCUCUCCAUGGCAGCGAGGUGAACGGCAGCCUGCCCUCGGGCUUCCACUCCAGCCCCGCAGGCUACGGGGUCUCCAACCACACGCCCCCCAUCAAUGGCGCCGACAGUCUUAUGGGCAACCGGGGUACUACAACAGGGAGCUCCGGGGAUGAAAUUGGAAAGGCUUUAGCUUCGAUCUACCCCUCUGACCACAACAGCAGCAACUUUCCUUCCACCCCCUCCACACCUGUCGGCUCUCCCCAGGGCAUCGCGGGAACUGCAUCUCAGUGGCCCAGACCUGCUGGACAGGCUGCCCUGUCGCCCAGUUACGAAGGUGGCAUGCAUGUGCUGCAGAACAAGAUGGAGGACCGUCUGGAGGAGGCGAUCCAUGUGAUGCGCAGUCAUGCUGUGGGCCAGGCAGGGGCUCAUUCGGAUGUGCACAGCCUGUUGAGCGCUGCCACAUCUGUGCACAAUGGCGGUGUCGGGGGACUGGCUCAGGCUUUCUCCAGCGCUGGGCUGUCACUAAGCAACAGGCACGCUGCCAUGCAGGUAGGGAGUCACCACGAGGAGGCUGCUGGCCUGCCGCCCAGCACUACGCUCCUGCACAGCCAUCACGUCUCUCUCCCAGCGCAGUCGGGCGCACCCUCCGACCUCAGCCGGCUCCCGGAGGGCUUCACCAGCCUGUCAGCGGGUAUCACUCGCUCCACGCUCUCCUCCAGCAGCUCAGACAUCAAGAGGGAGGACAAGGAGGACGAUGAGAACUCGUCCAUCGCGGACAAGUCGGAGGAUGAGAAGAAGGAGCAGAAGGCUUCCCGCACGAGAACCAGAAAAGAGACGUUUUCCUUCCAGACCUCCUCAGGCCUUUCAGACCAGGGACUGGACCAAGAUGAGGAGGAUGAGGAAGACCUACCCAUAGAGCUCAAGGCGGAGAGGGAGAAAGAGCGGCGGGUUGCUAAUAACGCCCGUGAGCGGCUGCGGGUCCGAGACAUCAACGAGGCCUUUAAAGAGCUGGGGCGCAUGUGCCAGCUGCACCUCAGCAACGACAAACCUCAGACCAAACUGCUCAUUCUGCACCAGGCCGUUAACGUAAUUCUCAACCUGGAGCAACAAGUCCGAGAACGUAACCUGAACCCCAAAGCAGCCUGUCUCAAGCGCAGGGAGGAGGAGAAGGUGUCGGGGGUAGUAGGGGAUCCCCAGAUGCAGCUAGCAGGGGGACACCCUGGACUUGGGGGUGAGGGGCACAACCCUGUCAGUCAUAUGUAACACCCAGAUCCUGUGGAGUUUCCAGGGCUCUCAGAAGAUGUGGCCUUAUAUUAUUCUUCCAUCAUUCUCCUCUGCGUGUUUGUGUUUGUACACCUGUUUGAGACGCACAGAGACAUGCACACACCCCCCAACACACGUUCUGCCAAAACUGACAGCCAAUUUGUCCGCACUCCUGACCGUGACUUACCAGCGCAAAUGUGAAGACAACUUGUUUCCUCGUUUUUUUUAUGUGUAAACAUGUAUUGGCUUCCAUAAUCCUAUGGAACAGUGGAAAAAGUGUCCCAUCAAUGAACUCAACCUUUCACUGCCGAGAAACAUGAGUAUGGAUUUGUGCCUAAUCCUCACAAUUUUUUUUAUGAUUUGUUAGAGAAACGGACUUAAAUAUUUGGAACAAAAUCAUUUUUUUUCACAUGGAAAAAACUUGUCAGAUGGUUGUAAACCCUAAGUUUUACAUACUUUUUUGUUGCAUUCCCAGCAGAAAUCUUAUUUUGGUUCUGAAAUGGAUCCUUCCCACCCCUCUAACGGAUUGAGGAUAUCAGUGAGGAGACUGAGACACUAACCUCUGAUUCUUGGUGCUCAGGGAGAGGUGAGGGGAAAAGCCCCACCUUCCUUAUCCGUCUCUCUCUGGUUCCUGGGAUUGAGACAAUUUUAUAGAUUAUUUUUUUGUUUAGAAGUAGUAGUUUUGGUUAAUCCCAGCAAUUCUGUACCCUGAUUUUCUGCAGCUCUGGCUGCUGCUGUGCUCUGGACGUUGCCCUUUGCGAAGUGGAGUUCUUGUCGGGGAAUACGAGGGCUGGGGGAGGACUACAGUUCCAGAGUUCACUCCAGAAUCAUGCUAGUGGAGCACCAUAGAGACAGUCCUGGUCAAGAGUGCUGUUGUAAAGUACACUGUUACACCAGCCAGACUCCUUGACCUCCCAGUGCUCCCUCUUGCCCUGCCACGCGUUUGGAAAGAUCUCCUCAAACUCAUGGCCCAUCCCAGCUCUUUACUGCACAAGAGGAGGAGAAUGGCUAAGGAUCUGGAGGUGUCUACAGCUCUCAUCUGACCCGUCUUUGGAUCUCGGACCAACUCGAAUUGCCAGCUACACUUGUGCCUCCCACUGUCUUUGUGCAGGGACAGAGUUGUGCUCAGUUGGCGUCUGCCUUGAUACUUUUUCAGCGAGCCGCCAGUGAAGAGAAGAUUUAACCUCAGCCUUCUUGUGCAGAUGUAAUUUUUGGAUUUGUGCCCCAGUGAGAGAUGAGAGGCAGGCAUGAGGUCGGUGCCACUCUCAUUCGGGGCUGGAAUGGAGACUGCAAAUUUCAUGUGGCUGGAGAUGUUUUUUUUUUCCCUUGGUACUGUCAGUUUGCCCCUCGGCUCUGGAGCCGCUGCAGGCCAGGCUACGUGGACCGACGCUGGUGCCAACGCUUGCUCCCAAGCUUUGGUCAAGGAAAAAGGGAUUUGACGAGGGCAGACGUUUUGUUCAUUGCCUCUGGAUACUGUUGGAAACUAAAAUCGGUGGAGAUCUAGAAAGAGUUGAAAUAUUAGAAACCCCCUCACACACAAACAGGAGCAGACAUUUGGGAUGGACUAAAAACUGCCAUUUUUGCAUCUAGGGUAAUUUCGACUAAAACCGAAUUGCAAUGCAAACAAAACUUUCCUUCCUCCUCCUCCUCCCCCCUUCCUUCCCUCUGACCUCUCUGCCCCUAACCAGUGUGCUGGGUCUUGUUCAGCCAUUUCAGUUCACUUCCUUGAGAUCGGGUUUCCAAGACUGAACAUUGUGCAUUUCGGAAACAACAGCAGAACGGGAGCUGAUAUGUCAAGUCGAGCUCAUAAGUGCAUAACUUGGGAACGUUAUUUUAUGUAACAUGAGCAAAGAAAAAAAAUAUAUUUUUUAUUAGACUAUACAGUGUAGAUUUUUUAAAAAUAAAGUUAGUAGCAGGACAUAUAGAGUGUAUUGUAGUAAAAGCUAAGAAGUUGAAACAAAUGAAUUCUUAAUUCUACAGACUGUCAUAAGAUGGACAGUCGUAUCUUUUUUUUAAAGAAACUGGUUUUGUGUACAAGUGUAUAGGCUGUGUGUGUGGGGGGGUUAGGGGUAAUCGGACCUCUUGUGGUGAAGCUGACAGGAACCUUAAAAUGCACAACCUUGAAGGAACAGCACAGCUUGUGUUAUUGAAACAGGCCAUCAGACUAGUUACUUGCUUGGGGUCCUUUUUUUAAAUUCCGAUCUCUGGUGUGGACUUUCCCAGUUAUUUGGGGUUCUGUGAUCAUGAUCAGUGGGGGGUGGGUGAGCCUUAAGAUAAUUUUACAACCGCUUUCUUUUUCAGAAUGCUGGAAAUGUAGUAUUAAGUUGAAAUUAAUAGAAAAAAUGACAUUUUCACUUAGUCUGUAAUGUUUUAAGGAAGUGAACUUGGUUUAAAUGCAGCCACAUUUUAUCAACUGAAUCUGACCUUUUCAGAUUUUAGACUUAAAGUAACACAUUAAAAACAGGUGCUAAAUCAGUUAUUUUUUCAGGUUUGUAUGUAUAGAUACAACACUGCAUCUAUACAUCUAUAUACAAUCUCACAGAGAUUGAGUUUAAUCCAGUCUAGGAUGACUGAAUUGUAUUCGAUCAAUUAGCAGUGCUGCUGGAAAUCACUGGAAGCAAUAAGGAUUAGUUAGAACAGGAUAAACAGGGAGAUCUGGUGUCCUGGAUGCCACACUUCCCAAAUCUGGCCUAGAUGCCCUUGGUAUGUUCUGUUCAGUAUUGACUUUGAAUCCUGGUUUGUCAGUAUUAGCACCCACCCACCCCCCACAGUAGAACACACUGCCAUGCUUUCACCUUUUACUGAGUUUUCUUUGGUAUCACAGCAGCUAAAUUACUGUGGCUUAGGCUGGGGGGAAAAAAAAGUCACUCAUUUAGACUAAACUCAUUUGCAACCUUUCUUGCAUGAACUACAGUUCAGCCUCCAUGCGAUUAUUAUUGGAUCGAGUGUUCCGACAGCGUUUGGGUGGUCUGGAGAGGGUGGGGGGGGGGGGUCCUUCGGCUGUGCUCCCGCAGUGCCCGCCGGCUUGCAGCACUGUCGCUUCACCACAGGGGUCCUGUCCGCUCCGCCGGUCACCUGCUGACCGCCGUGAGGAGCAGUCCUACGCUCUAGAAAGUGUUAUUUUUUUUAAAGACAAAAAUAAUUUAAAAUAAAAGCAAUAGUGUGGCCUUUUCAUUCUCGAGUCUUCUGACGUCAUGAUAGGAGAGUGAUACCUCACCAGUGCCUGACUUCUCAAUCUCCUUUUUAAACUUGAGAUGUGUUUUGGUUGUUAUUUUGUAUUGAAGUAAGCCGUGUCCUGCCAUGUGGUGCAGCCUACCCUGUGAAAUGGUGUGUAAAAGGUGGGUAGAAGGAAGUGGAAGAUUUGAAAAAUUGGGCAUCUUUUUAAAGCAUUCGUUUUUUUUAAUACCAACAUUGAAAGGAAGAUGACAACGCUCGAGUAAGAAUGUUAUUGGUUUUGUAGGUUUUUAUUUUUUGUAUUCAGCUCCGGAUUUGAGUUUUCCCUGCUACUAAGGGGAUGCACUUGUCCUUGGCGGCCUGUGCAGCCGACAGCGCUGUCCCCCAGCCCCAGGAGAGCAGCCCGCUGUGCGCCCUCUCCUCUCGCGCCCCAGGCUGGGCCGCAGUGCAUCGCCUGCUUUCAUCUCAAGCUCUUCCCCACUUGUUGUCAACAGUAUUUCUCACUUCCACAAUGUUUACAUCCUGCAGACUGUACCUGCAGCAUUUCAACAGGAUAGAUAUCGUUUCCUGGAGUUCCCCCACCCCAAUCUUCAGCUUGUCGUUUUUGAGUUUCCUGACCAAACUUUUACUCUCAAACUGGCUUCCGGGACGAGAGCCCUAUUGAGCACAUCAGAAUGCGGUUUCGCAUGGUUACAGAAAAAGGAAAAUGUGUUAUGGUUUAUAAUUUUGUUUUGAUUAAAACUACAAAAUGGUCAAGUAAAAAAAACAUUUCAAUUAUCUUUGCAAUUAUCUGCAAACAAGCAACUGGUGAAAGUAAUCUUGACCUGGACAGAGGUAUUUCAGAAUUUUCUUCUGAAUGUAUGGAUAUUUUUUUCUUUCAAAACCCUUUUUAAUGACAGCAUGAAAUAUCUUAAGGUAUUGUUUUGCCUAGUUUCGAGAUUAAAAGUUUGGAUAUUACCGAAAUGUGGGAGUAUUGCAGACGUUCUUGGCUGAUGUCAUUCGCACAUCAAUCAAGAGGCAGCACAAGUAGGACCGUGGGUCGUGGGGUGCGGGGACGUCACAGACUCCGCCUGUACCCCCUCUUCUCAGCAGACCCUGGCGCCUCCAGCUCUCGUGUUAUGGGGGACACACCUACAGUCUGCUGCUGUUCUCAGAGUGCCUCCAGUCCCAGACUUUUUAUUUUUUAUAUAUAAAGUAGCUAUUGAGAUCUGUCCUGUAUAUAACAGUAAUGUAGCAAUAAAUGUGCCAUUUUUAAUAACAGAAAUAUACCUUUUUUUCCAAUGUCUGUCUUUUGAAACUUGUAUACUUAAAAGUUGAAAGAAAAAAAACUUGUAAUAAAGGUUUUACUUUAACCUGA